GCACUUCCGCUCCAGCCUCCAGUCGGCUUGCCGCGCGGGAAGCCACGCCUGUUUGUUGCGCUCUUCCGCCCAGUGUCUGCGGGCCACGACAGCAGCAUGGCUGGUGCCGAGUUGCGGGCGGCGCUGGAUGAGCGGCUCGGCGCCCUGGCCAUCCGCACAGAGGUCGUGGAGCACCCGGAGGUGUUUACAGUUGAAGAAAUGAUGCCUCAUAUCCAGCAUUUGAAAGGAGCACAUAGUAAGAACUUAUUCCUUAAAGACAAGAAGAAAAAAGGCUAUUGGCUGGUGACAGUUCUUCAUGACAGACAAGUUAAUUUAAAUGAUCUUGCUAAGCAGUUAGGUGUUGGGAGUGGAAAUCUUCGGUUUGCUGAUGAAACAGCCAUGCUAGAAAAACUAAAAGUUGGCCAAGGCUGUGCCACACCUUUGGCACUCUUCUGUGAUGAUGGAGAUGUGAAAUUUGUUCUGGAUUCUGCUUUUCUGGAAGGUGGACAUGAAAAGGUGUACUUUCAUCCAAUGACCAAUGCUGCAACCAUGGGAUUGAGCCCUGAAGACUUUCUCACAUUUGUGAAGAAGACAGGACAUGAUCCCAUAAUACUAAAUUUUGAUAAAAACUAAUUGGACUGAUAUUUAGAAUACACUUCUUUCUGAAAGUUGUUUUUCUUAUUUUUUAUUUAUAGAAAGCAUUAAAAGUGAUAAGAAUAUUUAGCA